CUCUAUGCUGUGACAAACACAUCAUAAAAUAUGACCGUACUAACGGAUUAUUUACAUAAUAUAUGUUUUUGUAUGCUUAUUGACAGUGAGCAUCCAGCAGCUGUGAUUUUUGGAAAACGAGCUGUGUUGUUAAUUGCAUUAUUUCCUCGCGUGAUACCUAGCAAUGAGGAUCACGAAGUCACCAAACAUUCUUUUUACAGGAACCCCUGGUGUAGGAAAGACCACUCUAGGCAAAGAGCUGGCUCAGAGAACAUGACUUAUCUAUGUGAAUGUUUGUGUUUUGGCACAGGAGGGUUGUGGAUGAGCUGGAGGACAGAAUGAGUGAUGGUGUGAUUAUUUAUUACCAUAGCUUUGAUUUCUUUCCUGAACGCUGGUUUGACAUUGUUUUUGUCCUCCGCACAGACAACACCAAUCUCUACAAUCGUCUUGAAAGGAGAGGAUACACAGGAAAGAAGCUCCAGGACAAUGUGCAGUGUGAGAUUUUCCAGACUAUCUAUGAGGAAGCCAUGGAAGCCUACAAGGAGGAGAUAGUCCACCAGCUCCCCAGUAACACUCCUGAGGACAUGGAGAGCAAUCUGGAGCAAAUUGUUCAUUGGAUUGAACAAUGGAUGAAAGACAACAAUUGACAUGAGGCAUUAUAUGUGGAAGCAUUGUUCUUUUGACUAUCGUUGAGCUAAGGACUUAAAAUGUGUGGGGCUGUUUAAAAUAACUUUAUUUGAAAUAAGUUAAACUUGCUUCUAAAAAUGAAUGGAAGAAAUAAAUAUUU